AGCGACAAGAUGGGCGGGUGUAAUGAGGAGCGGUGAUGAUGAUGAUGAUGCGAAGAGACACAUUGUUCUUUUGUCCGAGAGUGCUGGAAGGUGUUUGAGAGGAGGAGGAAAGAUGUACUGCAGGACUGUGUGCUGUAAACGCUGGUCGUGUGAGGAGAGGCUGGAUGGUCAAACGGUCGUCAUCACCGGAGCAAACACUGGCAUCGGCAAGGAGACUGCCCGGGACCUGGCAGCAAGAGGCGCCCGCAUCAUCAUGGCGUGCAGGGACCUGGAAAGGGCAGAAGAGGCCAGACUGGACAUUUUGGAAGACACUGGCAAUGAGAAUGUGGUGAUCAGGAAGCUGGAUCUAUCCGACAGCAGGUCCAUUCGAGCCUUUGCAGAGCUCAUCAACAAAGAGGAGAAAAAAGUGAAUAUUCUGAUCAACAACGCAGGCAUCAUGAUGUGCCCGUACUCCAAGACUGCUGACGGCUUUGAAAUGCAGUUCGGAGUCAACCAUUUGGGUCACUUCCUGUUGACGUACCUGCUGCUGGACCUGAUCAAGUGGUCAGCUCCGGCUCGGAUUAUCGUGGUGGCAUCGGUGGCUCACACCUGGACCGGCAUCCAACUGGAAGACCUCAACAGCGAGAGCAGCUACGACCCCAUGAAAGCCUACGGACAGAGCAAACUGGCCAAUGUCCUCUUUGCAAGAGCCCUGGCCAGGAAGCUGUCAGGAACUGGGGUGAGCGUGUUCUCCCUCCACCCGGGUGUGGUGCAGUCCGACCUGUGGAGGCACCAGCACCAGUGUAUCCAGGUGGCUGUGAAGAUCUUCAGGAUUUUCACCAAGACAACGGUGGAGGGGGCUCAGACCACCAUCUACUGCGCCGUCCAGCCCGGCCUGGAGAGUCAGAGUGGGGGCUACUUCAGUGAUUGCGCCCCUGCAAGGUGCUCCAGAACGGCCUCUGAUGAUGACUUGGCCCAGAAGCUGUGGGACAGCAGCUGCAACAUGCUUAGCAUCACCUGGCACUGAAUAGUGGAGAGGAAAAAAAGGACUUUAUGUCAUGUUAACCAUAAAAAGGCACCAUUCAAACAGCGCUGUUGAGUACGCACUUCCAUAGAGGCAUCCAUGUUACUUUGCUGUCACGUGCUGUGAGGAUCAUACAUUUGGCGUCUUAAAUUAUUUUUCUGUUCACAUAAUGUCUCAUUGUUGAGUAUUUAUUGCGGGCACCACUGAAUUGAGAGGGGGGAAAACUAAUCUAAAUCACAUGAGUGAUUAUUUAAGACCAGUGGAAUGCGGCACUGGCCAACUGAAAGGUCACAGGCACUGUUACUUUCUUAUUAUAGCAAUAGAAUAUUUUUUUUGUAUUAUUUUUUAAAAAUGUAACUAUUAAAAUAAUAAUACAUAAAUAAUAAUAAUAAUAGGUGCUAUUUAAAUACAAUUUUAUUUAAUUAAAAAUAAAUGUUAAAUCAUUUUCAACAUGUCCGAAAAGGAAUAGGAAAAAUAAUAGUUUUAUUGAAUCCUACCUUACCUAUCCUUCAUCCAAGCCUCAUCAGUUACUGAUUGUCUGUUCAUCCCCUGUCGUCGUAUUCCCAUGUUCCCAUUCUCUAGCGGAAAUAAAAGGAUAAAA